UCCUUUUUUCUUUAUCCGUACUUAGCACAGUUCCCUAGGUCUCUUGUACUUCCCCUUGUCGUCUAUCUUUCUCAAAUAAUCUUCAAAUUAUUACUGGUAUCAAUCUCCGUUGUUGUAGAUCGAUAAUCCAUCCCCCAUUGGAGAUUUGGGGAUGAAAGAGUCAAUCAAAAGCAGUACCAGCAGCAGCGAUGAAGCUGUCUGGGAAAUUAGACCCAGCGGCAUGCUUGUUCAGAAGAGAGAAAACGAUGCUGCCGCUAAUCCCACUAUUAUCAUCAAGGUCUCGUAUGCUUCUCAGGAAUUUGACCUUCCUGUGCCACCUGAAUUCACUUUUGGUGAAGUAAAAAGUAUCCUUUCCUCAAUAAUCGGUUUGGAGCCUAAGGUGCAAAAACUUCUAUUCCGUGGAAAAGAAAAAGAAGAUCAUGAAUAUCUGCACUUGGUUGGUGUGAAAGACAAUUCCAAAGUGUUAGUUAUGGAGGAAGAAACGGUUGAGGAAAAAAUUCCUGAAGAGGUUAGGGUUACCACUGAAAUAUCAAGAGGAGCCGAAGCUGUUGCUGAAGUGAGAACAGAAGUGGAUAAGCUCUCAGAGCAGGUCUCUGCUGUACAAGCCGUCGUGUUUGGUGGUACUAAUGUUGAGGACAAGGAUAUUAUCCAUUUGACAGAAAUGCUGAUAAGACAGCUACUGAAAUUGGACGGCAUUGAGGCUGCAGGAGAAGGAAGAGUACAAAGAAAGUCGGAGGUUCGUCGUGUCCAAAACUUAGUAGAGGCAAUGGAUGCAGUAAAAGCAAGAAAUUCCAAUCCCUUUAUCAACAACAGUAAUGCCGUGUCAGUGACUACUCAAUGGGAGACAUUUGAGUCGGGGGUUGGAAGCCUGAACGCUCCACCACCACCUAGACCUGUGCUUGAGGUUGGAAGCAUGAACACCUCAUCUCCUCCUAGACCUGUGCUUGGGGUUGGAAGCAUGAACGCCUCACCUCCUCCUAGACCUGCAUUUGGGGUUGGAGGACUGAACACCCAACCACCUCCUACACUUGUGCUUGGGGUUGGAAGCAUGAACGCCUCACCUCCUCCUAGACCUGCAUUUGGGGUUGGAGGACUGAACACCCAACCACCUCCUACACUUGUGCUUGGGGUUGGAAGCAUGAACGCCUCACCUCCUCCUAGACCUGCAUUUGGGGUUGGAGGACUGAACACCCAACCACCUCCUACACUUGUGCUUGGGGUUGGAAGCAUGAACGCCUCACCUCCUCCUAGACCUGCAUUUGGGGUUGGAGGACUGAACACCCAACCACCUCCUACACUUGUGCUUGGGGUUGGAAGCAUGAACGCCUCACCUCCUCCUAGACCUGUGUUUGGGGUUGGAGGACUGAACACCCCACCACCUCCUACACCUAUGCUUGGGGUUGGAAGCCUGGCCGCCCCACCUCUUAGACCGCCAUCUACUAUAGUGACCGAGGAUUGGGAACAAUUUGAAUAGAGUAGCUGUAUACGUUUCCAUUUUAUGAUUUUGAAGAAACAGAAAAUGCCAGUUAUUAGGCACUACUGAUCACUAUUAUUUUGUCAUCUAUACUAUCGUUACAGUAAAAUAUUUUUGGUGGCUGCAAGUUCAUGAUCAGGCAAACAUAGAGGUUUAAUGAAAUCGUGUUGGUAAGUUA